AUGUCUCUGCAUAACGAGAGCUUCCCGUCCGUGUUGUGCGUCGUGACCUUCGCGACCUUCAACUGCACCCCGUCGCCAAUGACCCACGUGGAGCGCGCCUUGCUCAUGGGCACCUUCACCAUAGCCGUGGCCAUGACCAUCACCGGCAACAUGCUCACCAUCUCCUCCAUCCUCUACUUCAGGCAGCUGCAGACGCGCACCAACGUGCUCGCUCUCUCGCUGGCCCUGGCCGACCUCCUCGUGGGCCUGCUCGUGAUGCCCUUCGCGUCCACCCGCACCGCCUACGGCUGCUGGUUCUAUGGCAGGACGUUCUGCAAGGUGCACACAUGGUUCGACUACACGCUCUGCACCUCGUCGAUCCUCAACCUCAUGUGCAUAUCCUUCGAGCGCUACGUGGCCAUCUGCGACCCCCUGCGCUACGCGCGGCGAGUCACCGGCGCCACCCUCGCCGCGAUGCUCGUGCUGUGCUGGAGCGGAGUCGUGGCGUACGGCCUCACCUACCUCCUCGAGUGGAACAUCACGGGCAUCGAGGACUCCGUGCAACGGACCACGUGCCCCGACAACUGCCCCGUCUUCAUGAACGUGCAGUUCGCGCUGACCAACACGCUGUGCGCCUACGUCACCCCGAUGCUGCUCAUGCUAGCUGCGUACGCCAAGGUGUACGCGAUGGCUCGGGCCCAGGCAAGAAAAAUCAGCAUCGCGAUGCUCCAGACGCGAGCGGCCGACGCGGCGGUGCGCAGCCGGUGGAGCGCCAUGAAGAGAGAGCACAGCGCCACCAAGACGCUGGGCAUCAUCAUGGGCGCGUUCGUAAUCUUCUGGGUCCCCUUCUUUGUCGUCGCCGCCUCCGAGCCACUGCUCGGCUACGCGUCCGACCCCUUGGUGUGGGAAGUGGCCAACUGGUUCACCUACAUCAACUCCACCAUGAACCCCAUCCUCUUCGCGGCGUUCAAUCGCUCGUUCCGCAACGCGUUCUAUCUGAUCGUGAGCGGCAAUAUCCUGCGUGGCAGCUACAGAGGGACGGAUCUGUUCAGCUUCAAUGACCCUGUGAAAUGA